AUGGAGGCGCCGUCGACGCUGGAGCAGCGGGUGCCGGCGGAGGAGCGGCACCGGAUCGAGCGGGUGGCGCGGUUCGUGGCGCGGGACCGGGACGGGGACCUGGCGGAGGCGCUGCUGCGGCGGCUGCUGAGGAUCACGCGCAACGGCCGGCGCUGGGGCUUCCUCGCCAACGACCACCCGCUCCACCCCUACUACCUCCAGCAGAAGGUCUCCGAGCAGUGCCGCAUCCUCCGCCCCCGCCACGCCGCCGACCGGUGAUCGCCGGCCCCACAUGCAUUGCAUUGCACGCACGCAUCUUCUCCGUUUCUCCUGUUGUUGGUUCAUUCUUGUCCCGCGAUCGCAUCACGUUCUUUUGCAGUAUGAUUGUUGUACGUGGUAUGUACGUGCUCAAUAACGCGCCGGCCAUUGAUGCGAGGAGAUCGGCCGAGGGAUCAUCGAUCCAAGGAAGCGGUCAUGGUGGACUGGAUUGUAAUAAGAAAUAGUCGUAGGGGUUCUCUCCAAGUCUGUAUUAGGCCAGAUGAUUCUUUUAGCUUUUAAGGAGGAACUAAUUAACUAAUCUUGCCACUUGAUUUGAGAUGCAUAAUCUUUCAUCGAAAAUAAAAAUAAA